UAGGCCAACCGAGGAGAGGAAAGAUGGCGGCGGAGGUUGCCGCUCCUUCAGGAGCGCCAGAGGAAGCUGCGGGGCCGCAGCGGGCGACGGUGGCAGCGGCGCAAGGGCAUUCCUAAGCGGGAAGUGGGAAAGCGCGCUAGGCCUGCGUUGUUGUGUGAGAGGGAUUCAGUGACGGGGCUCAUGUGCGGCGGAGGUCGCAGGCGUCCGUGCCCGUCGCCCGCAGCUCAAGCGCCGACAAGCGGCACCUCAGCCGGCUCCUGCUUCUGUUGAGCAGGCUCUGGGGCGCCCGAGCGAAGCUGAAGAGCGAGGCAGUGCUUCCGGCAGGCAAGGCUGAGAAGCCUAAGGGGGUGGCGGCGCCAGCAGCAGCAGCAGCAGCAGCAGCAGCAGCAUGAAGUUCGCCGAGCACCUUUCCGCACACAUCACUCCGGAGUGGCGGAAGCAAUACAUCCAGUAUGAGGCUUUCAAAGAGAUGCUGUAUGCUGCUCAGGACCAGGCCCCUUCUAUAGAAGUCACUGAUGAAGAUACAGUAAAGAGAUAUUUUGCCAAGUUUGAAGAAAAGUUUUUUCAAACUUGUGAGAAAGAGCUUGCCAAAAUCAACACAUUUUAUUCAGAAAAACUGGCAGAAGCUCAGCGCAGAUUUGCUACACUACAGAAUGAAUUGCAGUCAACUUUGGAUGCACAAAAGGAAACCAGUGGUCUUACUACCCUGCGACAACGUAAAAAGCCAGUCUUCCAUCUGUCUCAUGAGGAACGAGUUCAGCAUAGGAACAUCAAAGACCUGAAACUGGCCUUCAGUGAGUUCUACCUCAGCCUCAUCUUACUGCAGAAUUAUCAGAAUCUAAAUUUCACAGGGUUCCGUAAGAUUUUGAAGAAACAUGAUAAGAUCCUGGAGACACCACGAGGUGCAGAUUGGAGAGUGGCUCAUGUUGAAGUGGCUCCUUUCUAUACUUGCAAGAAAAUCAACCAGCUCAUCUCUGAAACAGAGACAGUAGUAACCAAUGAGUUGGAAGAUGGAGACCGACAGAAGGCCAUGAAACGAUUACGUGUCCCACCACUAGGGGCAGCACAGCCGGCACCAGCAUGGACUACUUUCAGGGUUGGGUUAUUCUGUGGAAUAUUCAUUGUGCUGAAUAUCACCCUCAUACUUUCAGGUGUGUUUAAAAUGAAAGAAUCGAACGUGUGGCCACUGAUAAGGAUCUAUCGAGGUGGCUUUCUUCUGAUAGAAUUCCUUUUUCUCCUUGGCAUUAACACGUAUGGCUGGAGGCAAGCUGGAGUGAAUCAUGUUCUUAUCUUUGAACUCAAUCCCCGCAGUAAUUUGUCCCAUCAGCAUCUUUUUGAG